AUUGUAGAGUAUUUGACAUCUCUUCCUCAAAUUAAUUAUACAAAAGAUUCUUGGGGUAGAACAAGCCUCCAUUUUGCAGCGGAAUUUGGGCAAGAACAUAUUGUCAAGUAUCUUGUUGAAUCAUGCAAUCAUGAUAUUAAUGUAGAGGAUAAGUAUGGCAAUACUCCACUGUAUAUGGCAUGUAUUUAUAAUCACUUACCAGUAGUAGAGUAUUUAACAGGACAACCAAACUGUAACAUUAAUAGUAAUAAUGAGAGACACCCUCUACUAGCAGCAGCAGAUAAAGAACAUUUAGAAAUAGUGAAGCAUCUCAUUGAAUCUACUGACUGUGGUAUUAAUGCUAAAGGGAGGGAUGGCUUAACUCCAUUACAUGUGGCAUGUUUGAAUCGUAAUUUUGAAACUGUUCAAUUUCUUACCAGUUCUAGUGAAUGCAAUAUAGAAGCUGAAGAUAAUGAUCAAGAUAGACCACUCCAUUUAGCAUGUCGAUCAGGGAAUUUAGACAUUGUACGUCAUCUUGUGAUUGAUAAACAUUGUGAUGUUAAUGCUAAAGGGAGGAAUGGCUAUACACCAUUACAUAUGGCAUGUUUGAAUCGUAAUUUUGAAACUGUUCAAUUUCUUACCAGUUCUACUGAAUGCAAUAUAGAAGCUGAAGAUAAUGAUCAAGAUAGACCACUCCAUUUAGCAUGUCGAUCAGGGAAUUUAGACAUUGUACGUCAUCUUGUGAUUGAUAAACAUUGUGAUGUUAAUGCUAAAGGGUGGGAUGGCUUAACUCCAUUACAUGUGGCAUGUUUGAAUCGUAAUUUUGAAACUGUUCAAUUUCUUACCAGUUCUAGUGAAUGCAAUAUAGAAGCUGAAGAUAAUGAUCAAGAUAGACCACUCCAUUUAGCAUGUGGAUCAGGGAAUUUAGACAUUGUACGUCAUCUUGUGAUUGAUAAACAUUGUGAUGUUAAUGCUAAAGGGUGGGAUGGCUUAACUCCAUUACAUGUGGCAUGUUUGAAUCGUAAUUUUGAAACUGUUCAAUUUCUUACCAGUUCUAGUGAAUGCAAUAUAGAAGCUGAAGAUAAUGAUCAAGAUAGACCACUCCAUUUAGCAUGUGGAUCAGGGAAUUUAGACAUUGUACGUCAUCUUGUGAUUGACAAACACUGUGAUGUUAAUGCUAAAGGGAGGGAUGGCUAUACGCCAUUACAUUAUGCAUGUGAAAAGGGUCAUUUUGAAAUGGCUAAAAUUUUAACUGAUCAUUCACAAUGUAAUACUGAAGCUGAAAGCAAUUCUAAUGACAGACCACUACACAAAGCAUGUGAAUCAGGAAAUUUAGACAUUGUACCUCAUCUUGUGAUUGAUAAACACUGCAAUGUUAAUGCUAAAGGGAGGAAUGGCUAUACACCAUUACAUGCGGCAUGUUUAAAUGGUAAUUUUGAAACUGUUCAAUUUCUUACCAGUUCUACUGAAUGCAAUAUAGAAGCUGAAGAUAAUGAUCAAGAUAGACCACUCCAUUUAGCAUGUCGAUUAGGGAAUGUAGACAUUGUACGUCAUCUUGUGAUUGAUAAACACUGUUAUGUUAAUGCUAAAGGGUGGCAUGAUUAUACUGCAUUACAUUAUGCAUGUGGGAAGGGUCAUUUUGAAAUUGUUAAAAUUCUGACUAAUCAUCCACAAUGUAAUAUUGAAGCUGAGGACAUUCUUAAUGACAGACCAAUACACAAAGUAUAUGAAUCUGGAAAUGUAGACAUUGUACGUCAUCUUGUGGUUGACAAACACUGUGAUGUUAAUGCGAAAAGAGGGAAUGGCUAUACACCAUUACAUUAUGCAUGUGAAAAGGGCCACUUUGAAAUUGUUAAAAUUCUGACUAAUCAUCCACAAUGUAAUCUUGAAGCUAAGGACAUUCUUAAUGACAGACCACUACACAAAGCAUAUGAAUCUGGAAAUGUAGACAUUGUACGUCAUCUUGUGGUUGACAAACACUGUGAUGUUAAUGCGAAAAGAAGGAAUGGCUAUGCACCAUUACAUUAUGCAUGUGAAGAGGGUCACUUUGAAAUUGUUAAAAUUCUAACUAAUGAUCCACAAUGUAACAUUGAAGCUAAAAGUUAUUGUAAUAGAAGGCCAUUAGAUUUAGCUUUUCGUCAUAAACCUCCUACUAAAAGUCAUAUCGACAUUGUCGAUUAUCUCAUUGAUGUUAAAGGUUGUGAUACUCAGGGUAUUGAUAGGAAGGCUACUAAUUUUCUUCAUAUUCGUCAAUCCAGUGGUAUAGCAUUAUUACGUGUUGUUAAGUGUAUAUUGACAGGUCCUCCUGGUGCUGGUAAGAGUACAUUGAAGAAGAGACUCCUCAAUCAAUCUCUUGAUACAGGUCCUUCUCUUAGUACUGGUGUAAUUGAUGCAGCUGUACAAGUUAAUUCAUUUCGUAAACUAUCACAGCACAAUGCAGUAGUGACCACAGAAUGGAAGGAACAGGAACUUGAUGAAGAAGCUAUACUGAUCACUAAGAAACUAUUACCAGCAAACAACACUUCAGACGAAAGCACUAGACCUACUCAGUCUACUUUAUUCAUUGAAAAUACAAGAACUUCAUCAUUUGAAAAAAAAUCAAGAUCACCAGAAGAAAUAGGCCUGUCUGAUCAACAUGAUAAUGUACCAAGUGUUACAUCUUCACCUACUUUCAUGCACUCUCAAGUAAUUGAUACCACAAGUUAUAAUGAAAAAAGCUCAGAUAUGGAGCAUGAGAAUAUAGCUGAUUCAUGCGGAGCACCUGUCAAUUGUGAGGAGGAAGAAACCAAAACUGAUACUGAAGUGCAAAACAGCAGCAGUUCAGUAAUAAAAGGAUUUUCGGAUUUUUUAUCAAAGAUACCUGUUAGAAAAAGAGAAGAAUACGAGAGGAAGUUUGAAGAAGAAAAAGAUGACAAUCACACAAUGUUACACAUUAUUGAUACUGGAGGACAACCUGAGUUUCAUGAAAUAUUACCAGCUCUUAUAACUGGCCCAGCUAUUAAUCUACUGGUAUUCAAACUAACUGAAAAUUUAAGGAGCCGCUAUGAAAUAAUCUAUCGAACCUCUGCUGGUGAUUCUAAACCUUAUGAAACCUCAUUGACACAUGAAGAAGUGAUAUUCCGUUCACUAGCAAGCAUAGCU